AGGUGCAGAGAAGAAAACCGUGGUACCGGCGAACGGGACGAUUCAAUGCACGCUGAGCGCUCGGCCGGAGCGCAGGCGAUCCACGAGCAACCGUUCCAGCCUGAGUUUGCGCUGGGUACCGGGUACCGGUGGAAACGAACGAAAGAAUUCCCUCGGGAAUCACGGGGAACGAGUGCGACGAUUCGCGAGGAAGACACUGGUUUCAUUCAAAUCAAAGAGGGAAGAUGACACGACACGUUCUACCCUUAUUCUUGCUGCUCUUGGCCAUCCAGUUGGAGGAAUUCUUCCCUUGGAAGCGAGCUCCAACUUUCGCUGACGCAAGGAUGGAAGCGCAGUUCGAGAAAUGCUGCGGCCUGGGCACCUCGUGGGCCAUAGAAGGGCUCGGGUGUGAAAAGUUCACGGGCCCAGUAUCUGGGGUGCCAACAGUGGAGCAAGGUCUCUGCUUGGAGGCUGUAGACAUUUGUUGCGUGAGAGCGUAUCACGAACGACAAUGCGAGAAAGGGAAGUCGGAUGCACGUGCUGGUUUAGCAUGUGUCUCCGGCACCAGCACCAAAGCGAAACGCACAGGACCAGGCGAUUAUCAUCGCGACUGCUGCGAGGCUUGCAAAUUAGGUAUUUUAACCGGGUCCAUGGGCCAGGGAUGCUCAUUUAAAAGGUUCACGUUCGGUAUCCCAUGGGAUCCAGCAUUUCUGGAGUGUUGCUACGAGGCGUCACCUACGACCACAACAAUGCUCACUUCGGAUUCUACGAACGCAACCUCGACAAGUGAGAGCACUGAAACGUCUCCUUUAUCGUCUCCUUCGUCAUCUUCUUCGUCGUCUUCUUCGUCGUCGUCCUCGUCGUCGUCUUCGUCGUCGUCUUCUACGUCCUCCACCCAGACGACAUCAGACAUUUCAAUUCCUACACCACCUCUGGACGACAUCUGCCAAAUUAUGAAGGGAUUGUUGUGUUCCGAUAUUUGCAUUCCUACGCCAGGAUCUUAUUAUUGCAAAUGCCGAGAAGGUUUCACUUUAUUAGAGGACGGGAAAACUUGCAGACAAGAUUUACCGUCCGACAGAUGCAAAACGAGUAACCCGUGCGAGCAACGAUGCACAGACAACGGAGUGGCAGUGACAUGUAGCUGCGAUCCUGGUUAUGUUUUAGCGAACGAUAAACAUUCUUGCAUUCCCAAGUCAGACGAGAAGAACACCACUGAACCAGAUGAGAACAUCGAUGCGUUACCGAUUUGUCCACCGGGCUAUCGUUACAACGCUACCAAUCAGGUCUGCGAUGAUGUGAACGAGUGUAUUGAAAAAGGUCUGUGUCCUGGACAGUGUGAAAAUACUAUAGGGUCUUACGUGUGCGUGUCAAAAGAUAUGCUCAACAAUGUACCGUACGAAGAUUGUCCACCUGGGUACCAAUGGGAAUCUGUCACUGGUCUUUGCACAGAUAUCGAUGAAUGUGUUAUAUUAUCAGAAGCAUGUCCCGCUGACAAAAGCUUUUGCGUUAACACCCAAGGAAGUUUCAGUUGUCUCGAAAUGAAAGGAACAAAAUCCUGUCCCGCCGGGUUUAAGUUCGAUUCGUUAUCGCUACAAUGUAAAGAUGUAGACGAAUGCGCAGAAGGUCUUCACAGUUGCCUCGAGGACAGCGAGGAAUGCAGGAACACCGAAGGGGCUUAUGAGUGUGACAUAAAAUGCAGGAAAGGUUUCACCUACAGUAUUAAUUUAGGCGUUUGUAUCGACGUGGACGAAUGUGUCGAGGCAAAUAAUGCUUGCCCAGAAUUAAAUACCAUAUGCAGAAAUACGAUAGGCGGCUACGAGUGUACACCGGCGAACAAUUCAUUGCCGCGACAUUCCCUUGACCAAAAGACGGAACCGUCCACUUGUCUCGCGGGUUACAAGCCGGCAGAUAAUCUUAAAGAAGCUUGCAUCGAUGUCGACGAGUGCAAGGAGCAGGUGCACUCCUGCGAACCAAACGAGGAGUGUAUCAACGAAAUUGGCAGUUACAGGUGCGAAGUAUUAAGCGAGGAAGAUACAGAUUCGGAUGAGGACGAAGAAGAUAAUAGUUUCUCAUCUACCAAAGACUACGAACAUCAAGUUAUUGUUCCCCAGAAACCAAUGCUUCCAGCUGUAAAUCGAAGCAUGGAUUGCCAAUCAGGAUUCACAUUUGAUCAACGAAGUCUGGCUUGUAUUGAUGUUGAUGAAUGUAGCAAUGGUUUGUCGAACUGUGGAAUCGGUGAACAGUGCGAGAAUUUCGAGGGCGGUUAUAGAUGUUCUCCAGUGUGUCCUCCAGGUUUCCAAGCACGUAACAACACUGAUUACUCUAACAGAAUAAAUGUACUUUGUCAUGAUAUAAACGAGUGUGUACUCGAGUUACACUCUUGCAACACUACAACACAUUAUUGCGUUAAUACGAACGGUUCCUACUUUUGCGACACAAGAACGACGACGACAACCAUAACGCCCCUUUACAAUGCAAGGCACAUUAAAAUGCAGGACGAUUACUGGCGGCAUCAGCUCAUGGAUCGUUUCUCAUCCCCGAAGUCAUGCGAGCGUGGUUACACGAAAGACUUGACAACCGGGGAAUGCGUAGACGUCGACGAGUGCGCUGGCGGUCCGGGUUGCCGAGAGCACGAGCAGUGCCACAACACACGCGGCGGCUACGAGUGUUCGCCGCUGUGCACCGCUGGCUGGUAUUGGAGUCCGCAGACGAAAGGUUGCCAGGACGUGGACGAGUGCCUUCUAGGUAGGCACGACUGUCCUCAAGGAACACAUACAUGCGUGAACACAAACGGUUCUUUCCUCUGCGAAUUGAUACAUCCUUGUAGCGACGGCUUCAAGCGCGCCUACAAUGGCAGCUGCGUCGAUCUCGACGAAUGUUUGGAGAACCAACACACUUGUCGAUUAGAGCUGCACCAGUACUGCGUGAAUAAAAACGGCAGCUACGAGUGCUUAACGAGAUUACCCUCGUGCCAGCUGGGAUUCGAGUACUCGCUGGCCAGCAGACGGUGCGAGGACGUCGACGAAUGUAGCACUGGCCAAUACAAGUGCGACUCGAGGUUCUCGGAGAGGUGCGUCAACCUGCCAGGCUCCUAUAGGUGUGAAAGACCUGUGCCAUCGGGUCAGCGUCAACGUCAGAGGCCAGCCUGUCCUUUGGGUUAUAGAUACAACCCUCGAUUAAGAAGAUGCGCAGACAUCGACGAGUGCGAGGAUCCGAACAUAUGUAACGGUGAUGUCUGCUAUAAUCAGCCGGGCAGCUACACUUGCGCGAAGGCACCGGCACCGAUCACCAGGAAACCGGCCAUGUUGCCGUCGUCGGCGAACCAGAAAUGCCCCGACGGCACGAAAUUCGUCAGGAAUCGCGGUUGCAUUGACAUUGACGAGUGCCGCGAAGUGGAGGACGCGUGCAGCAGUAACGAGGACUGCGUUAAUACGGUGGGCAGCUACGUUUGUAAUUGCAAAAUUGGCUUCAAACGUGACAAUCUGACUCAGGCUUGCGUGGACAUCAACGAGUGCCAAAUACAGGAAGACAGUUGUCUUUCAACGCAAAGGUGCGACAACACAAUAGGAAGUUACACCUGCACGCGGUUCUUGCCGUGUGGUACGGGAUACACUUUAAAUGCUGCAACCGAGAUAUGCGAGGAUGACGAUGAAUGUGUUCUUGGCACUCAUGACUGCGGCGAAGGCUACCAUUGCAGAAACACCCUUGGUUCUUACCGAUGCGAUCGUAAUCCACGAAUGCCGCACGCGCAGCCACGAAUCGGAGCAAUGACAACGUCGACGACAACGACCACAACCACUACUGUAGCACCGGUGACACUUUCGUUAACACCCGAAGGACCGCACAAUUGUCCACGCGGAUUUAUGCUUGGCAAUGGGAACAAAUGCGUUGACAUAGACGAGUGUCAGGAAGGUGUGAACCCUUGUCGCAGAAGCUUCCAAUAUUGCGUCAACACUAUUGGGUCCUACAGGUGCACAUCGAGAGUGAUAUGCAGCAACGGAUACACUUUGGACCCAGUGUACGGGCAACACUGCGUGGACAUAAACGAGUGCGCGGAUGGCAGUCACAAAUGUUCACCCGGACAAACUUGCGAAAACAAGAUGGGCGGUUACAUGUGCAAGUGUCCUCCUGGGCACGUCAACGGACCGAAUAACGAUUGCAUUGACAUCGACGAGUGCAGCAUCUACGGUAACAUAUGUGGAACGAGGAGUCGCUGUGAAAAUACCAUCGGCUCUUUCCGGUGUGUUUGUCAAGAUGGCUUCGAGAAUGUCAAUGGCUUUCAAGGAGUUUGCGAAGAUAUCGAUGAAUGUCAGCGCACUCCUGGCUUAUGCCAGCACAAAUGCGUGAACAUCUGGGGUUCGUACAGAUGCGUCUGUAACCCUGGAUUCAGAUUGAGCGCCGACAAUCGAUCCUGCACGGACAUCGACGAAUGCACGGAGUUUAAAAAUAAUAAUCUGUGUAUUGGACUCUGCGAGAACACGCCAGGAAGCUACACUUGUAAAUGUCCUAAUGGCUACAGACUUGGAUACGACGAAAGGAGCUGUGAAGAUAUCGACGAGUGCGCGUCGGGAACUGUGUGCAGAUCACCGGAAGAGAUUUGUCUGAAUACUAGGGGUGGCUAUCGUUGCAACAGGAUUAACUGUCCCGCAUCAUAUCAUCAAGACCCUGAGAGAAAGAACCGAUGCGUUCGAAGUAGACAUUGCCAUGCUGCUGACCCGUCCUGUAUCAGGUCACCGUUACAUUACUCGUACAAUUUCAUCACGCUCGUGAGCAUGUUGCCAGUUUCGCCAAAUAAAUCGGAGGAAUUGUUUAAAAUGAAGGGGUAUCCUGCGCCAAGGUCAACGAUGCAGUUCAGCAUGGCGUUCCUGGAAGCCCGUGCUCCGCCCGGAGUGCAGCGUGCAACAGAAUCCUGUUUCGCAUUGAGGAGAACGACGCAAACCAGUGUUGUACUAGUAAUGACGCAAAGCAUACAGGGUCCUCAGGAUAUCGAACUCGAUAUAACCAUGGAGGUUUACUAUGGCGCAAUGUUCACAGGAAGCGCGGUGGCGAAAGUUUUGAUCUUCGUUUCUGACUACGAAUUUUGAAGAACCUCUCGAUGUUUUCUUAUGCAAAUUAACACGUUGAAUACCGCACGAUUUCAUACAGCAAAAUACACGAAACGGAAGAAAUAUAAUAUUGAAUCAUUCGAUUGAAUUGUAUUAUUAUUAUUGCAGGUUUAUCUUGUUGAAUGUAACUACAGUAAGUAGUAUUACUAGUAAUACAGAAAGGUUUCCAAAUAAUCGUCGUUUCAUUAAAUGGACUAUAGUAUUCCGAUUUGGUUGGUUAUCGUGACCCCCAUGGCAUUCAACGUGUUAAUACACAGUAGAAUCCUCUAUAACGUGAUUUAAACAAUCGUGAGAUUUUCCGUAAGAAACUGAUAUAAGCGUACGAUUUUGAAGCAAAUUUUCUGUGUUGAAAACAGGUUUUUGCAAAUACUUGCAAUUUCAUUUUAGAUAACUAUAUUUUAGAUGUCAUAUUUCUAUUUGUAAGUCCACAGAAAUGUUUGUUUUCGGAUUGUUCAGUUCUUUGCAUUCGAGUCCGGCGACAAUGGAUGUUUUACGAACAGGGGUUCCGAAGCUAGCGAUUAAGUACGCCAUGUUGUUUAGCUUAGAAAGAAUACAAAUAUAAAGCAGAAUAUUACAGUUGUACGACUAAAAAAGCAGAAAUCUUCACUUAAUAGUUAUUAAUAAAAAAAUUCCUACAAUUUACCUAUGUUUAGGGCGUAACACGGAUUAUUUAAAUUGUGUCAUAGGAGGUUCUACUGUAAUAAUCAAAACAUACUGGGACCAAAAUGUUUCUGCCAAUUUAAAAAGUUGUCCUAAUUCCACGAACCGUUACUGUUAUUAUUAGAAAAAUAUUUUUUGUCAAGAAUUUUUUUAAGUGAAUAACUAUAUUGUUUAUCUUGUGCUCUAAUCGUCUUGAAUUCAUUCUAUAUAAUUAAUUUCAAGGCAGCGGUUACUGUUUUAAUCCUAAGCUACUACUAUUAUUAAAGUUACUACAUUUUAUAAUUGACCGUACUUUAUUACAUCUCGUGUAAAAUUGUUUGUUUCUUGGAAAUAAUUAUUAAAUGAUUUGUCAUAUUUCUAUUUUAUGUACAAAGAACGAUGCUUAGCUUAAGUAAUGUUUAAACCCAUAGCUCUUAUGAAUAUUAAGUUACCAAGUGUUUCAGGAACAGAUGUAAAAAGGAAAUGAAUGAACUGUAACAAAUAGAGCAAGAAUUUUAUAAUGUAUUUUCGGUAAAUAAGUAGUUUUAUAUGUACAUAGGGUAUAUCUAAGAGUGUACACAUAGAAAAAAAACGAAAUAAAAUCACAUUAAUCGUUUUAAAUCAAACUUUUCAGACAGUUGCAUCUCGCAAACGUGUGCCUUAUGAAAGCUGUAGGUUUAUAAAACAUUUCAAUAAUGAAACGUUCAUCUUCACCAUAUCCACUUUUAUCGGUAAUAAUUGUAUUAUGCCUAUGUACACAGGAGAUUCUAAACAAAUGUACCAUAUUUAAUGUGUAACUUUCUGUUCCUUUUAUACGAGUAUCAAAAUAGUCGACAUUAUCACACAAUCAUUUGUAAUUAAGUUUCACGCUCUUAACGGUACAAAUGAACUGCAAUUCUUACGAAUUUGAAAUUCCAAUUGUAAAAUAUUACAUUACAUAUGGUAAAUUCUAAAGAUUCUGCGUGCAUACAUAAAGUAAGAGCAUAUAUGUAUGUAUAUUCUUUGUCACAUAACUAAUCAUUUGAUUUUACUCGCAUAUGAUCGAUAAGUUAACAAAUCUGAGAUCCUUAACAUCAAUUGUCAUUUAAUUACACUAAAUACAGUUGCCUUGAAAAGUAACUAAAUGCUUCUAUCAAUCUAUUUUCAAUAUUACAUGCUAGGGGAUGAUUAUCAUUUUGACACGAACAUAUAAGCAAGUGAAUAGAUAUUUAUUAUCCAAAGUAAGAAAUUAAAAUUUGGAAUUAUGAAUAAUAUUUCUAAAAAAAGGUGCUAAUUUACUUCGCAAAGCAACUGUAUGUGCAAUGUACAUUACAAUAUAACAUAUUGAACAAAAAUAAAAUAUAGUCAGCAGUAUAUAGUUUAAAUCACUCUAGGCAAAUAGAUAUAAUUUGCUGGAAAGUAAGUUGCCUUAUUCAUAAGUGGAUACAUGAAUUAUCUUUAGUGGCAUUAUACUAAAUAUAAUUACAAUACUAGAACCAAUUACAUCAUUGAAAGCUAUAAUACAUUAAUAGCAUCAACAGUGUUGCUAAUGUGCAUCACAACAAGUCAUACAAUAACUUAGAGUGAUAAGGUAAAGAACUCUGUAACUGAGAAGUAAUCUCAUGUUUACUCAAGUUUCAGUUACAAGUGCACUGAUAGCAGCAAAUCGAGAUCUAUUUUCAUGA